CAAUCUCUUCAGACUUUUUUUUCUUUCUCUGUUGGUGGUGAAGUUUGCAAACCGGGUGAAUGUAUAGCAUGAUGAUGGAGACUGACCUUCAUUCCCCUGGUCCACAAACGAAUUCGACCACGGGGCAAACGGGGCCGACCAACGGCUCCAAAGCGAACCAGGAGCGCGUGAAGAGACCGAUGAACGCGUUCAUGGUGUGGUCCCGCGGCCAGCGGAGGAAGAUGGCUCAGGAGAACCCCAAAAUGCACAACUCCGAGAUCAGCAAACGGCUGGGCGCCGAGUGGAAGGUGAUGUCCGAGGCUGAGAAGCGCCCUUUCAUCGACGAGGCGAAACGGCUGCGCGCCAUGCACAUGAAGGAGCAUCCGGAUUACAAGUACCGGCCCAGACGGAAGACCAAGACGCUGCUGAAGAAGGACAAGUACUCCCUGGCCGGGGGGCUGCUUUCUGGGCCCAGCGGAGGAGGUGGAGUUGGUUUAGGGGUCGGCAUGAGUUCACCAGGGGUCGGGCAGAGGUUAGAGAGCCCCGGGGGUCACGGCGGCUCCGCCAGCUCCGGCUACGCGCACAUGAACGGCUGGGCGAACGGCGCGUACUCGGGCCAAGUGGCCGCAGCCGCGGCGGCCGCGGCGAUGAUGCAGGAGGCGCAGCUCGCCUACAGCCAGCACCCGGGAGGAGGCGCGCACCACCACCACCACUCGCACCACCACCACUCGCACAACCCGCAGCCCAUGCACCGCUACGACAUGACGGCGCUGCAGUACAGCCCCAUCUCGAACUCUCAGAGCUAUAUGAACGCGUCUCCGUCGGGCUACGGCGGGAUCCCCUACACGCAGCACCAGAGCUCCGGCGUCUCCUCCUCGGCUGCCAUGGGGACGUUAGGGUCGCUGGUGAAGUCGGAGCCGAGUGUGAGCCCUCCGGUCAGCGGCGCGCACUCCAGGGGUCCCUGUCCCGGGGACUUGAGGGAGAUGAUAAGCAUGUAUUUACCGACCGGGGAGCCGGCGGACCCGUCCAUGCAGAGACUCCACGCGCUCCCGCAGCACUACCAGAGCGCCACGGCGGGCGUGAACGGGACGGUCCCACUAACGCACAUUUAAAGCUGAAAACUGCAAACGAACACACAUUUACCAAAUAUUUACCUCUUUUCUAAAUAACCCCGCUCCAAGAGCUACCUGCAUUUUGUACAGAAUGUUUAUAAUAUUGUAAAUGAAGGGUAAAUGUCAUCUUCAUCU